CCUUCCUCCCAAGCUCCCUUCCCCUCCCAUGGCGCUGCUGUUGCCACCUCCCGCACCCUCCCCCAAGCCCCCCUUCCCCUGCGCUUCCCGACCAGCUAGGUCGCCCCUCGUAAGAUGCACCAGAACUAUCACCGAAACCGCGAGCGUCUCCUCCGCUCGCGCUUCGGCGUCUUCUCCCUCGACCUCCUCGCCGGCGGCGUCGGACGGCGCCGUUGGAGGGAAGGGUAAGAAGAAGAGGAGGCCCCUAAAGCCGAGCUUCGAGGAGCAGGCCCUCCGACGCUGGUCCGCCAGGGCGCCCUCCCAGCGUGCCUCCGUGCCCUGGGAGCAGCCUCAGCAGCAGUCGCCGUCGCCGCCGCACCGGGCUGGCCGAGAAAGCGUUGGUUCGGGUGGCCAAAAAACCACUGACGGAGGCUCUAGCAAGACGUUGCGGUCCAUCGUGGAAUACUUCGCUGGAGGCUCCUCCGGUGAUGACGGCGAAGGCGGCGAGCGAGAAGAGAAAGGGGCGGGCAACGCCGCUGCUGUCCGGGCCGAAGCGGCUCGGGACCAGGAGGAUGGAUCACAUUUUCGGCCGAGCUAUCUGCUUGGGAACAAGCCAGUCUCUGCGCCGUGGAUGCACGGUGAAGAAUCGAGCAAUGACCAGUGGGUUUCUAGUUCGGUGGCCGAAGGUGAGGAAGGGGUGGACAUGGAUGACAUUUCUGAUGAUGAGCUGGGCUUGGCAGAAGGAGAUGAUGAAGAACUGGACAGUGCUGAGGACCUCCUUAAUGGGAGUUCAGAAGAGGAACUUUAUGAGGAUUAUGCCGUACAGAUUGCGAAUUCUUCCUAUGGGGUGGAUUUGGUAGUGGACAGAGGUUCUAAUGUUGGUGGGUUUGACAGGAGUAUGAGGCGGAGCAGUGUAAACAGCAUUGUUAAAACAUUGAGGAGUUCCAUGGAGGAAAGUAGUCCAAAUGUCACAAUUGAACGGUCUAAUGCAGAGGAUUUUGUCCAGAAGCUGGGUCCUGUGCUCCUACCAUGGGAAAGGGAGGAGGAAGAUGAUGAGGUGUUCGGUGGUGGCAAGGCAGGGAGGCGCAGCAAUACAGAACUGGCAGAGAGGACUAUCCCAGAGAAUGAGCUGCGGAGGCUCAGGGAUGCGGCAUUGAGGAUGAAGGAGAGGAUAAAGGUUGGAUCAGGAGGGGUUACUCAGGACAUUGUGGAGAGCAUCCACAGGAAAUGGAAGGUGGACGAGGUGGUCAAGAUGAGGUUUGAAGGCCCUCCGAGCCUGAACAUGAAGAGAACUCAUGAUUUACUAGAGGAUAGAACUGGAGGAAUUGUUAUAUGGAGGUCAGGGAGAUCAGUUGUGUUAUAUAGGGGAAUGAACUACAACCUUCAAUGUGUGCAGUCAUAUGCAAAAUCUACACAAAUUGAUUCUGAUAAGGAAGUUGCUGAUGCUAAUAGUGCGAUCCAUGGACGUCACAACUUGCAGAAGUCAAGGGCAGAUGGUGUGAAGCACUCAACAUCUAGUGGCAAUUUCUCUUUAGAACUAGAAGCCACAGAAGCCUUCGAUAUUGAUAGCUUCUUGGAUCAGUUGGGACCACGGUACAAGGAUUGGUCUGGUCGCAGCCCUAUCCCUGUUGAUGCCGACUUACUUCCUGGUGUGGUACCUGGCUACAAGCAACCAUAUAGAGUACUUCCUUACAAGAUUAAGAGCACUCUAAGAGAUAAGGAAAUGACAGCUCUGCGAAGACUUGCAAGGCAAACUGCUCCUCAUUUCGCUCUAGGGAGAAACAGGGAACACCAAGGCUUAGCUGCUGCUAUGGUUAAAUUAUGGGAGAAAAGUGCUAUCGCAAAGAUUGCCAUCAAAAGAGGGGUCCCAAACACAUGCAAUGACAGAAUGGCGGAAGAAAUCAAGAAAUUGACAGGAGGAGUGCUCUUGUCGAGGAAUAAGGAGUACAUUAUCUUCUACAGGGGCAAUGAUUUCAUAGCGCCUAAAGUAAGGCAGGUCUUGGUGGAGAAGCAAGAACAAGCCAUUACUCAACUGGAUGAGGAAGAGCUGGCUCGGCUUAAAGCAUCAGCCUCAAUUACAACCAUUCCCAAUGAAUUGAAGGGUCCUCUAGUUGCUGGAACUCUUGCAGAAACUACAGAAGCAAAAUCUCGAUGGGGACACUCACUUAAUGAUAAGCAGAGGGAAGAGGAGAUGAAGUAUUUGGCCUUGAUGAAGCAUGCCUCUCUUUUGAAGAGCUUGAAGAGAAAACUGAUUCUAGCAAAAACAAAAAUUGCAAAAGCAGAGAGAGCUUUGGCGAAAGUUCAGCAAUUUCUCUCUCCGGCAGAGCUUCCAACUGAUUUGGAAACAGUUACAGAUGAGGAGCGCUUCUUAUUUCGCAGAAUUGGCCUGAAAAUGAGGGCCUUUUUGAUGCUUGGCAGACGAGAUGUUUUUGAUGGAACUGUGCAAAACAUGCACUUGCAUUGGAAGCAUCGAGAAUUGAUUAAAAUUAUUGUCAGGGGAAAGAGCUUCGCACAAGUGAAACAUAUUGCAAUCUCUCUAGAAGCUGAGAGUGAAGGUGUCCUCAUUUCAGUCGAUAAGACAACUAAAGGAUAUGCAAUCAUUUUCUACCGGGGUAAAAACUACAGGCGACCCCAAAUCGUGAAGCCUAGGAAUCUAUUAACGAGGAGACAGGCAUUGGCACGCUCUAUAGAGCUCCAAAGGCGCGAGGCAUUAAAGCAUCAUAUCUCAAGUCUGCAAGGGAAGAUCUGGAAGUUGAAUACGCAACUUGUACAGAUGAAGGAGGCCAUGGAAAAGGAGGAUGUGAAGCUACUUCAAACAGUUGAAGCUGACCUGUCAUCGGAUGAUGAUGAUGUAGAGGAUGAAGGGGAGGAGGCCUAUUUACAAACUUACAGCAGCGACGAAGAAGAGGAUGCUAACAGUGAUCCGAAUGAAUAUCUCUGAACCGGUGUGGUUAACCGAUGGAACUCUGGUGUUCUUGUCUGAGCAUGCUUGGGAGAAGGCAAAGUUCUAGGAAGAUGUACCUGCGAAGGGAUGCAAUGCAAGGACUCUAGGUUCAUCUUAUAACACAGCCAGACACGAUGACCCAUAAGUUCUGACAUCCUCCUUUGCUCUGAUGGGACUAAAAUCAGGCUGGAACUCCACUGUGGCAUUGUUUGCAAGCUGGCGCCCUCGUUAUGUUGGCUCUUGCCGGUCGUCCGUCACAUUCUACAGAUUAUAGACGGUCUCCUUCAAACAUAUGCCCAACCAGUCCGUGCUGGUGGAAGAUUCUGGUGACUGGCGAGUGUAAAUCUUCCGUAAUGUUAUUUUUCUUCUUGCUUGUAUCUUUGCAGCUGCUGUAAAUCGUUCAAUGAUGUCUGAGUAUGUUCUCUAGAUUUUGCAUCCUGAGGCAUUGUUUGCUAUGCAUAUAUUUCACAAAGAGAAAUUUUGCAAAAUUAUGAAGUGUA